ACCUUACUUCCGGUUACCGUUAGUUCGUUAACGCAACUUGGGGGGAAACAGCGAGCGAAGCUACCGUCAUCCAGGUUGUAAAGUGCAACAAAAUGAAAGCUGUCAGUUAACUUUAAACAUUUGCUCGCAGACACGGAGAUACUUUGUUGGAUAAACCGCUAUCUUGUCGUUGUUCUGCCUGGAAACAGCCGGUUGAACUGACAGCCGUUGGGCCUGGUCGUCGUGGCCCAGCAGGACUCGAGUUGGAGCCAAACUUCUGCUUUUCCUCAAGCGGCUCUCCGCGGGGCUCGGGGCUCCUGUCACCGGCCCUGUGGAUGUGGACGUGAACACGAAGAUAACCGACCGCCAGGAGAAUGGAAUCCCUUUGAUGGGAGAAUCCUCUUUCCUGGCCUCCUGGGUCAAUCGCCGUGCCAUGAUGAUGGAUGAGCAGGAGGCGCUGAACUCGAUCAUGCAGGACUUGGCCGAACUGCACCGCUCCAGCCGUCCUGCCAUGUUCCUGUCGGACCUGGGCAAACCCAAAGCUUCCUCGCCCAAGAACCAGAAUGAUGUCAGAGUGAAGUUCGAGUUCAAAGGGGAGAAGAGGAUCUUACAGUUCCCUCGACCUGUGCAGCUGGACGACCUGAGGGCGAAAGCCAAAGUGGCUUUCGGUCAGACGAUGGACCUUCACUACACCAACAACGAAUUGGUGAUUCCACUGACCACUCAGGAAGACCUGGAUAAGGCCGUGGAGCUGCUGGAUCGCAGCGUUCACAUGAAGAGCCUGAAGAUCCUCCUGGUAGUCCAGUUCUCCUCUCAGAACUCUUCCUCCAAUAUGGACCUCAUGCCGUCCCAUGAGAAGCUGGACAACACGGGAUUCAGGGUCGCUGACAAUAACAUGCUAGCUUUAAUAGGACCCCAUUCGACGGACCGCAGCUCCCCUCCUCCAGGGUACAUUCCCGACGCGCUCCAGCAGGUAGCGAGGAACGGCUCCUUCACCAGCAUCAACAGCGAGGGAGAGUUCAUCCCUGAGAGCAUGGACCAGAUGCUAGAUCCACUGUCUAUGAGCAGUCCAGAAAACUCUGCGUCGGGAAGUUGUCCGUCUUUAGACAGCCCGCUGGACAG